AUGUCCAUUUUCAAAGGCAUUGCACUCGUUACUGGCGCUGCAUCAGGCAUUGGCCGUGCAACUGCUAUCUCUUUUGCUCGUGAAAGAUGUCUACGUCUUGUUCUAGCAGACCGGGAUGCAGACAAGCUCAAGGAUACUCAAAAGACAAUUAUCGACAUGUCGAAAAACCAAAACCAAAACAUUCAGGUCAUCGCCAUCCCCACUGAUAUCUCAAAAGAGAACGACAUUGAAAAUCUUUACGAUACUACGAUCGAAAAGUUUGGCAGGGUUGACUAUGUAGUCAACGGAGCUGGCGUUUUGAGUAACAACAAGAGAUCACAUGAGUCUACCAUUGAGGAAUUUGACUUGAUUAAUAAUGUGAAUUAUCGCGGAUGCUGGCUCUCAUCGCGCGCGGCUAUUCGACAAAUGCUAAAGCAAGAGCCUUUGCCGACUCACGACGGUAGACCUGGGUCCCGAGGAAGCAUUAUUAACAUCGCCAGUCAACUAGGAGUCGUUGGUCGUCCGGCAGCACCGGCUUAUUGCGGAAGUAAAGCAGCCGUGAUCAACAUGACGAGAUGCGACGCCAUAGACUACUCCAAAGAUCUUAUCCGCGUUAACGCUGUCUGUCCCGGCGUUAUUGAUACAGCUAUGACACGGCCACAAGCUGAUGUUCUAGCCCCCGCAGUCAAUAUCGCGCCAAUGGGUCGUAUGGGCACAGCGCAAGAGGUUGCUGACUGUGUUUUGUUCCUUGCCAGCAGUAAGGCUAGCUUUGUGCAGGGAUCUGCGAUGAUGGUGGAUGGCGGAUAUGUUAUUAAUUAG